CUCCUGCAGAGACUAUGUGGAACCAAUUACCCGCUGAGCAUUCUAUUCGUUGUGGUGAACGAAUUCUGCGAACGUUUUUCCUACUAUGGCAUGAAAGCUAUCCUCACCUUGUACUUUACAAACUUUCUUCAUUGGGAUGAUGAUCUAUCCACUGCCAUCUACCACGCCUUUUCUGGAUUGGCCUAUUUCACACCGGUCCUUGGAGCUCUCAUUGCUGAUUCCUGGCUGGGAAAGUUUAAAACCAUCAUCAUCCUCUCCAUUGUCUACGUUAUUGGUCAUAUUGUGAAGUCUGUCGGUGCAAUAUCAACUGUGGGUGACCAAACCGCACAUGUAAUAUUAUCAAUGCUUGGCCUCUUCUUAAUAGCCCUGGGCACUGGUGGUAUCAAACCUUGUGUUGCAGCUUUUGGUGGUGAUCAGUUUGAAGAGAAGCAUGCUUCUGAACGGAGUAGGUUUUUCUCCUUCUUCUAUCUGUCCAUUAAUGCAGGAAGUUUACUGUCAACCAUCAUCACUCCCAUGUUGAGAGCUGAUGUUCAGUGCUUUGGUGGAGAUUGCUAUGCUCUUGCCUUUGGUGUUCCUGCUGCACUAAUGGUGGUUGCACUAGUUGUGUUCGUAUCUGGAAGUGAGCUCUACAAAAAACUCCCCCCACAAGGAAAUAUGCUGGUCGAAGUGUGUAGCUGUGUUGGGUUUUCGAUAGGGAAUCGCUGGAGACAUCGCAGCAAAAAUUAUCCGAGGCGGGAACAUUGGCUUGACUGGGCAAGGGAAAAGUAUCCAAAACAUCUGAUUGAAGAAAUUAAGAUGGUCACUCGAGUCCUGUUCCUCUACCUUCCACUCCCAAUGUUCUGGGCACUCUUUGACCAACAGGGAUCGCGAUGGACUCUACAGGCUGCCAGAAUGAAUUCUAACUUUGGUGGGUUCGUUAUCCAACCAGAUCAGAUGCAGACCAUUAAUGCCCUUUUGAUUGUUAUUUUUAUUCCAACCUUUGACAUGGGCAUUUAUCCUCUCCUUAGGAAAUGUAAAAUCAACUUGACGCCCCUCAGACGGAUGACAAUCGGAAUGGUUCUGGCAGCAGUGGCAUUUGUGGCAGCGGCCAUUGUGGAGAUCAGAGUUCAGAAAACUGUAAUGCCUGAGCCAGUAGCCAAAGAAAGUUAUAUUCAGUUCCUAAACCUAGCAGAUAAAAAUAUAAGCAUCACUGCCCAAGGAUUAGAUGACUUUCCAGUCACCAUGGCACCCUUUCAGGAUCCAGACCAUUACAUCAAGUUACUGCUCGAUGCUCCAGAUCAAAUAUUCAAUUUUCAUCUUACAUAUGAAAACAUGACCUGUCUAUGCUGUCAAAACAUUAGUGAAAGGAGGGCGUACAGCGUAUUAAUGUACAAAGAGGUCAACACUCCCUGUUGCAAACUGCUGGAAGAUCAAACAUCAAAGCCACAGAAGGGAAAGGCCACAUUGAGAAUCAUAAAUGCCGGCUCUGAAGAUUUAAACAUUACCAUCGGAGAUGUGAAUUUCGGCACAGUCGGCAAGAACUUUGGAAGCUCGUUGUACACAGUCCUGGAUAGAGGAUACUACAAAGUAUCGUGCCAAAAUGAAACAACGAAGCAGGUUGUGGAUGUGGGACUGAUCGACUUUGGAGCAGCGUAUACACUCAUUCUGGGUAAAACGCCUAAAGACCACAGCUUGAAGAUUUGGAAGACUGAAGACAUCAAAGCGAACAUCAUGCACGUUGCGUGGCAAAUCCCUCAGUAUGUCUUGAUGUCUGCUGGAGAGGUUAUGUUCUCCAUCACUGGUGUGGAAUUCUCUUACUCACAGGCUCCUUUGAACAUGAAAGCUGUUCUCCAAUCUGGCUGGCUCCUCACUGUUGCAUUUGGAAAUGUCGUGGUAAUUAUUGUGGCCAAAGCUGCUUACUUGGAACAGUGGGCCGAGUUUUUGCUGUUUGCUUGCCUUCUCUUCGCUGUCUCCAUCAUUUUCUCCAUCAUGGCUUACUUCUACACCUACGUGGACACAGAGCAACUGGUCAAGAAAGAGGAGGACAAGGAAGAGGAGAUUCCUUCAGUGUACCAGGAUAUCGCCCUCAGCUCAGUCAACAAGCAGACAAAGAUGUAGAACAUCUCCCAGCCUCCUCAGCUGAUCACCUUCUUAACUUCCUGCUUCCUGUGUUACUCACUGAACACAUACUGUCGCCAUGUAGCUAUGCCUCAGGGUCUUUAAUCAGGAGUGGAUUCAGAGUAAUGCAUAUAUUAUGUUUCUUACUUUGAACAUCAUGGGGGAUAGAGGGGAAUUCAAAGAACUUAUUUUUCACCUCCUGCACUCCCCAGUGGAUCUCGCCAAUGUGAAUUGCCCGGUCUUGGUUGCUCUCCGACACAGCUGAUGGGCUCUGCCAUCCUCAGAUACAACGGAAGGGCACUUUAGAGAGUGGUUAAGAGGUAACAGUGGGUUAGUUUGCAACUGGAGUCACAUACAGACCAGCCCAGUGGAGGAGAGCAGCUAUCCUUUGCAGUUGAACAUUUGUGAACUACCUUAAUUAG